UUGGUGUGGUCUGAAAAGGCUUGCGGAAGCUCCGCUGUGUAAGCCGGAAGUUUGGGCGGUGGUUGAACGCGCUAGCAGAUUCACUUGGAUUGUACGGUAAAGACGAACACAGCCAAAAUGUCAAGCAAACGUGCCAAGGGAAAGAUCACCAAGAAGCGCCCUCAGCGCGCAACUUCCAAUGUCUUUGCUAUGUUCGACCAGUCGCAGAUUCAGGAAUUCAAAGAAGCAUUCAAUAUGAUCGACCAGAACCGUGACGGGUUUGUAGAUAAGGAGGAUCUGCAUGACAUGCUGGCAUCUCUUGGAAAGAACCCAAAAGAUGACUAUUUGGAGGAGAUGAUGACAGAAGCUCCGGGUCCUAUAAACUUCACUAUGUUUCUCACUAUGUUUGGUGAGAAACUGAACGGCACAGAUCCGGAGGACGUUAUCCGAAAUGCAUUUGCCUGCUUUGAUGAGGAAGGAACAGGCUUCAUUAAUGAGGACUACUUGCGAGAACUUCUGACCACCAUGGGCGAUCGCUUCACAGAUGAGGAGGUUGAUGAGCUCUUCAGAGAGGCACCCAUCGAUAAAAAAAGCAAUUUUAACUACGUGGAGUUCACCCGCAUUCUCAAACAUGGAGCCAAAGACAAGGACGAUUAAAUGUAAAACAAGUGCCAUCCAGCCGCAGUCCUCUUCCUUUUAGAAAUCCCACUUUAGGCAAGAUGUUUUCUGUACUGUCCUGGAGCUUCUAUAGGAAUUAAGCUCUAUUCCUCCAUAUGUGUGUGUGAAUGAGAAUUAAGAAGGUGCACUCUGUAUAACCUCUCUAGAAUAAGACUAUGUGGAUGGAUUGUAACACAGUAUCACUGAAAAAGUUUUAUUGUAGCCCAUUACUUAAAUACUUCCCUCAGCUUAAAAUUUGACGUGGGUCUGUACACAAUUAGGUUCUUAUUGAGUUGCUUGAAUAUUUUUGGCACAAGGUGAAAGUUACAGUGUUUGUUCUUUGAUGUAUGUCAGUUAGAUCUAUUUCACCCUCAUCAUUUGUACACUUUAAGGUUGAUAGGUUUGGUUUGUAGGUCUGGGUUGAAUCUGGGUUUCUGAUGGAUCACAACUUUUUCUUAUAUGUUGUCCAUGUCUAUAAUUUGUAUCACCGAGUGUAACUUUUGAGUUUGCUAGUCGCACACAUACAAGUUGACAGCGUCAAACCUCUGAGACAGGGUCUUAUUCCUCUGUUCAUUAAAACUGGAUGCAAUGUGAAAAUGUUGUUGUUUUAGAUGCAUUUGAUCUAUCAUGGCCGGAUCUAACUGAAUUUUUACAUUUUAUAAUAUGAACUAUUUUGAAUAAAUGACUCUUAUUAAAACA